AUGUCUAGAGGACUUCUCGUUACCAUUCUUGUUAGCGGUUAUAAAGAGACUGUAAUGCAUAUUGCAACGGCCUUGUUUUUCAUGACACAGUUUAUGUUUAGCUAUUGCGCAGUAAUUUUGAACAUACAAAUUGAGGAUGAAAGAGAACGUGUUGUGAAUGAAUUUAACGUUACCGAUCAACGACGAGGUGUUAAAUGGAAUUAUUAUAGAAGGCCGUCUUGGUUAUUCAAUUUUAAACAGUCGUACAUUCUCGCCAAACUCGACGAUUCCUUGCGUAACCGAUCUUUUUAA